GAAGGAGAGGAAGAUGAUGUAGAGGAGGUUGUGUAUGCAACACCCAAGGCACUACCAAAUGCAUAUCUGACUGAAACGUUUGACGACAUAGCUACUUUUGAGAAGACGUGGAUCAAAUCUGAAGCCAAGAAGGACGGUGUUGAUGAAAACAUUGCUAAAUAUGAUGGUGUUUGGGCAGUAGAACCUGCUGAACGAUUAGCUCUUACUGGGGAUCGUGGGUUGGUGUUGAAGUCAAAGGCAAAACAUGCAGCAAUUGCAGCACCACUGAAGAAACCAUUUGUAUUCAGUAACAAGCCUUUUGUGGUUCAGUAUGAAGUUAAUUUACAGAAUGGUCAAGAAUGUGGUGGAGCAUAUAUCAAACUAAUCAGUGCCCAAAAAGGACGUGUGGAUCUUAAAAAUUUCCAUGACAAAACACCGUACACUAUUAUGUUUGGACCAGACAAAUGUGGCAAUGACUUCAAGUUGCAUUUCAUCUUCAGGCAUGUUAAUCCUCUUACUGAAGAAAUUGAAGAAAAACAUGCUAAGAGACCACGUGACAAGAUUGAGGAACCAUUUAAGGACAAGAAGUCUCAUUUGUACACAUUAGUAAUUCGACCAGACAACACCUUUGAAAUAAGCCUGGAUCACGAGGUAAUCAAUUCAGGAAGCCUUCUGGAGGACUUCACCCCAUCUGUCAACCCUCCCAAAGAAAUUGAUGAUCCUGAAGACUUUAUGCCAGAAGACUGGGAUGAAAGAGAAAAGAUUCCAGAUCCAGA